GAUAAAAAGUGGGAGUGAAGGUGUCCUGUGCUGUCCUCCCCUCCUAUUUCAAAAUGAUAGCCUAAAAUUAAUUAACUAAUUAACCCUAGAAAAGGUAAAGUUACCUCAACCUUAACAUUAAUCCAACCACGAUCCUUACUCAGGUCAGUAAAAUUCGUUUAGGCGGGAAACAAGUCCCAUAAAUUUUUACCGCCCCCCCUCCCUCUACCUUCUCCAUUCAAUCUCUCACUCCACUUCUCUCUCCGCAAAAUGACAGACGACGAGAAGGAAAAAGGCGUCGUCGUUUUGGACGACGACUCUUAUUUGAAAUCGGAAAUCGAGAAGAUUCGUGGACGAUGGGAACUCGCUACGGUCCUUAAUUUUUUGAGCGUUUUUCAGCCAGUCAUUGGGGUUGAUUUAAAGUUAACGGCAGAGGAGAUUGAGAGUGCUCUUGUUGAGCCUAAUAAAUCACUUGCUCAGCUUCACAUUAAGCUAUUAAAGGGGAUACCGCCUGUGAGUAAAACAUUGAAUGCAUCUGAUGCGUGGGUGACCGAGCUUUGGAAGAAACUAGCCAUGUGGUGGCCACGGGUCGCUGAAGGCGAGUUACCACUGAAGGCAGCCAAAGGAGAUGAGAUGUCUGGAUACAAGGAACUAGAUCCAGCUAAUAGAUUGCUGAUUUUGAAAGCACUCUGUGAACUAAGAGCUAAACAAAAUGACAUUGCAUCAUAUGUUAACGAUUCUUUGAAAGAUGGAACUGAAAUUUCUUAUUUCCGGAAAGAUAAGAUUGGGGGAGAUGGAACUGCAACUUCUUACUGGUAUGAUGGAAAUUCUGUCAUUGGCCAUAGAUUGUACAAGCAAGUAAACAAGACUGGGGCAAAUAGUAGAAUGAGGGGUAAAGCAUCAAGAAAUCAGCCAGCUACCUGUUUCCAAUGGGAAAUACUUGCAACCAAUCUUGAGGAAUUUCAGAAAGUUGUAAAUGAACUCUCUUCUAGCAAAGUUGCCGCACAAGUUGCAGCUGGCAAGACCAUUGAGACUGAUGUCCUGCCUAUUAUACAGAAAUUUCAGAAGAAGAAAGAUAGGGCCCUCAAACAAAAAGAAAGGCAAGAAAAGCUCCUGAACAGUUUUAGACCCUGCACUGCUGGGGUUACUCGUUCCUGCCGCAGUCGUAGACCUAUCAGUUAUACAUUUGAUGACUAUGAUCGUGCUAUUGAUGAGGCUAUAAAAAUAACAAAGAAAAGGAAAACAAUUGAAGAGCAGAGCAACAAUGGCAAACAUGUUAAGCAGGAAAAAAAUGCUUCUAAUGGGGGUUCAAAUAUGGGCACAAAUUCAAAAGAAAGUCAUGGUGAAAUAGGUGAUUCAGGCAUGAGUGCAGACUCCAAAGAUAAUAUCAAGAAGGGAAGCUUCUCAGAGAGUGAAAAUGAAAGUGACAAGCUUCAUGAAGUGGUUGAUGACGACGACGACUAUGAUAGCAAAAGGGAUCAUGAUAAUGGGAGUGGAUCCGACAAAUCUGACAAAGAAAAUGAAAAUUUUGGUGACAAGAACAUUGCUAGGAAGUUUGGUUCUCGUUGGAGUUCAAGACUGGCUGGAGUUCCAAGCCAUCCUGCCCUCGAAGCUGGGAACUUGGGUAAAAAGAGUAGGUUGAGACAAAGACCCACUCGUAACUCUGCCCUUGACUCUAAUAAUGUGCUUGAUUCAGAUGAAGGAACUUUGUCAAAACAUACAAACAGAGAGAUAUCUGGAUAUGAAGACUCGCCUCCAGUUUCUAAUUCAGAUGUGGUAUGUGACAGUUAAAGCUAUCAAGUGGAAUCAACAUGCAAGUGAUUUUCCUUGAAUUUUUUGUUGAGCGAGGAAAUAUCUUCACAGAAAGAUAUCUUGAAAGUUUUGAAAAUGUGCUAAUCCCUGUAUUCCAUAUUGGAAUCCAAACUCUAGUUUGCAGCCUGUGCCUUUUGUUAGAAUUUCUUGAGAGGAAGAUGCCACGCAGAGAGUUUUAAAGCUACCACUAAGUUGGCAUUGGCAGAUUUCGUAACCAAUGUAAGUUAAUUUCUCUGCUUAAAUGCAAUCGGUUCUCUGUUUAACCGGGAUUGUAUAUAAUCCUUUGAUGUUCCCUCUCUAGUAUCCAAGGAUAGCUUAUGUAUAAUCAGCUUCCUAAUGGCUUGUGAAAAAUAAAAGGUGGUAGGAUAAUUGGAAACA